UGUCGUAGCAGGGCUGGGGCCUGCACAGUCCGCAUCCCACCCUGUUCGACACUUUAGUCUCCUCCCACCAGGAGAAAGAGGACGCUGGGGCUCCGUGACGAGCGGACCCCCGAACAGCUGCUGCUGCUACUCCGGCAGUCCUCGACCAGGAGCGACCCCGCCUGUGGAACCGAGGGCUGGAAGAUUACAGCGAAACAUAAAAAUAAAGGUUUCCUGAAAGGUCGCAGCAGCAGUAACAGUGACAUGGGCAGCAAAAGUAAUUACACACCCUGCAGAGCUAACACACGAGCCUUGCCUGGACUGCCGAGUAGAAAAUGACUCAGAGAAAUGGGAUCAGAGGGAGGCGUGAUCACUUCCUCCACUCGGAGGCCAGCGGGGUUCACGAGGAAGUCAACGGUAUGGAGCGAGAGACAGUUCAAGAGGCCCUCGACUGUGAAUCCGAGGAGGGGGGGCGGGGAGGAGAACGCGGAGACUCCGUGGCUGUAAAGGGGGUAGUCACAGCUCCGGAUGGUGGUUGGGGCUGGGUGGUGCUGGUUGCCACCAUCCUGGUCCUGGCUUUGACCCUGGCCUUCCCCUCCUGUGUGGGAAUCUUUUACACUGACUUGCAGAAUGAGUUCCACGCCUCCAACAGUGAAACCUCCUGGGUGCCCUCCAUCAUGACGUCAGUGCUUCAUGCAGGAGGUCCCUUUUGUAGCGUGUUGGUGGAGAGACUUGGCUGCCGAGCCACAGUCAUGUUGGGCGGAGUCCUGAGUGGGCUGGGAAUGGCUGCCAGCUCGUUUACCCAGUCCAUCAGCCAGCUUUACAUCACAGCCGGGGUUAUUACAGGACUUGGUUUUUGCUUCAGCUUCCAACCAGCUGUGACAAUCCUGGGACACUACUUUGUGCGCCGUCGUGCGUUCGCCAACGCCAUGUCCUCCACAGGCACAGCGCUGGGUCUGUGCACUCUGCCUUUCCUGGGUAACUACCUCCACACAGAGCUGGGCUGGAGAGGAAGCUUCCUCGUUCUGGGGGCCGUCCUGCUGAACUGCUGCGUUUGCGGAGCGGUGAUGAGGCCCCUGCAGCCACCGAGGCAUCGAGGCCAGCCCCUGAUGAACCACGGACCCCCUCCUCCAGAGGAGGAAAAGGGGAGGCUGAGGACAAUAUGCAGCUGCCUGCUGGCUUCCCUGAGCAAACACAUGGCCUUUGACCAGUUCUGCAACAACUCGCGUUACUGUGCGUUUGCCAUCGGCAUCACCUGGAUGAUGCUUGGGUUUGUGGUGCCCUUGGUGUAUCUGGUUCCCUAUGCCACCGCAAACAACAUGGAGCAGGGCCGGGCCGCGCUGCUGCUUUCCAUCCUGGGCAUCGUCAACAUUAUCGUGCGGCCUCCGUUUGGCAUCAUGGUCAACAUGCCCUGGUUCAAAGGGCGACACAUUUACGUGUUUGCCUCAGCUUUGCUGGUCAAUGGACUCAGUAACAGCAUCUGCUGCAUCGGGCCCAGCUUCCCUGUGCUGCUGACGUACGUGAUGGUCUACGGGCUCUCCAUGAGCGUGGUGGGCUCCCUGAUGUUCACUGUCCUCAUGGAUACAGUGGAGAUGAGCCGCUUUCCCUCGGCCCUUGGCCUGCUCGCCAUCAUGGAGAGCAUCACGCUGCUCAUCGGGCCUCCACUGGCAGGAAUCCUGGUGGACAGCACAGGCCAGUACUUCCACGUCUUCUUCGCCUGCAGUGCCGUCGUUGCCUCGUCCGCCGUGUUCCUCAUGGUGUCGUUUUACUGGCUGGAUAAGGAGGAGAGGAAGGCGUCCAAACAGGGUCAGCCGGCCACGCCGCCCGACCCGGCGAGACCUGCUGCUGACGUAGCUCCUGGCUGCCAGUACAGCAGCGUGCCCACAGAGGGAGACAAAAACAAGGCCUCGGCCAACGGGGACGAGUAUAUCACCAGCCCCUGAAACCUGCUUACACUGUGUGUUACCUUUAGCACACAUCACUCACUGCGUCAGACAGGUUCGCAAAUAAUUCCUAAUGUUUGCAACAGCUUGCUUGGCGUGCCAGAUGUUGCAAAGUUUGCUUUUGUGUGGCUGAGAGGCAGCACACCUGAACGGGUCUGAAUUGUCACAGUGGGAUGAACUCCUGCCAUCUGGCAUGCCAUAAAAGUCAAAACAAAUACUAUGAAUAAUUUACACUGUCUUGACCAAGGCUGGAUGCAUGAUCCUACAUACCAAAAUGAAAAGAUGUGCACUUACAACUUACAAUGUGAUUGUACUGUUUAUUGUAAAAUGCUGCUGAUACACAAUUUUAUCUCAUAUAUGAGGUAUCUCACUUUAUCAAGCCAAGUUACACACUCUACAUGAGCCUUUGUUAAAGAAAUCAUACAAAAAUUAUUUCCAGAUGUUUGCUGGAGCGUUUGAUAAGUUCUUUUCAGAAACAGAGGAUGGGCCUGCAGGUUGAAGGCAGAGCCAAGUGGUUGUCAUCAAAUAACAAGCGAAUUGAGCAGUGAAAUCAAAAGGGGAAAUCGAGGGGAUGAGAAAACAGAGGAAUUAAUUAUCAAGGAAAAGGCUGGAGUUAUUAUUUUAUAUUUUUCUUAUCGUCAAAAAAUCCCCAAAACAAUGCAUUAUUUUCUACCCUAUUCAGUGCACGAGUUGCACUAUACAGCAGGUCCCAGAUCCCAGCAGUACCACUAUGCUGGAUUACCACAUAGCCGCAGGCUUGCAGUGUAUUAAAUUAAUUUGUGGUCAUUUGAUUAAAAGAUUUAUUUAGCAAUCUUCACCUUGUAAGGGUGAUAUGAACUGAUAUACUAAAAGUCUUAAUAUUACUUAGGUUUAGGUCAUAAUAAUGACCACCUUAAAACCCUCAUCAUUUCUGUUGACACUGUGUGUGCUCCAAAACACGAUUGCUUAUGCCAGUCGAGCAGGGUUUCCACUCCAUUUCAGUUCAGCGGACAGAUAGUAAACACAUAAUCUCACGUGGUUGAAUCCAAAUAGAAAAGGUUCCGGUAAUUUCUCAAAACAGUUGGGCACUGUGGUUUUUAAAAAAUGUUACUCAAACAGGAGUAAAUAGUGCAUUUGUUGGGGACUAUUUCCAGCAGCGGAUUAAU